AUGGGAUCGAUAUCCGCGGAUGAGUUAAGGACAAUGUUUAGUCCUCUUCGAAUUAACGUAGACAUUAUAAUUGGAUAUGGCGCUGCGAGUAUUGUUUAUUCGGGAGUUUCCACGCGAGAUCAACGAAAGCUGGCAAUCAAAGUUCCAAGUCGGGUGGAGCACGAACCUUAUUUCAUGAAGGAGAUUGAAACAUUGAAAGUGAUUAAAAAAGCCGGCGGAAAUACGGGCAUCACUGAUCUGUUAAUGUCGCGUCCAAUCGAAGAAGGGAUUCCAUUUAUGAUCUUUCACCAAUAUGGUCCAUCUCUUUUUGAUGCGAUGAGAGAAACAAAUCGGACGAUUUCUCCAGAUCACAUUCUACAAAUGACGCGCAUGCUUUUGCAAGCAAUCGAUUUCAUGCACUGUGAAGUGAAGUAUUUGCAUGGUGAUAUUAAACCGGAAAACAUAUUGCUCAAAGAUCAAAGAUAUUUGCAAAGUACCAAUUUUUCUCCUGAAAUCGUGGUAAUCGACUUGGGAAGUGCUGUUUCACUUGAUAAUUAUAAAGCUAUGCAGAAUGUGAACCAGGCCCUAAUUGGUACCAAACCCUAUCAAGCUCCAGAACAAACUAUGAGACUUGCGUUAACGGAAAAAAUUGAUGUCUGGGCAUUAGGAUGCACAAUAUUUGAACUUUAUCGAGGAUGGCCGUUGUUUCAGCAUAACGGUCUGGAAGAGCACCUUGUGAUACUACAAUGGUUGUUUCAACGCAGCAUUCCAUCUACAAUGCUCUUCGAAUAUUAUCGCCGAAAUGUGAAACCAGUUGAUUCGGAUGAGUUAGACCCACCACCAGAGAAACGAGCAAAGACGGGUACGCCCGAUUAUGACGCAAUCUACACGACCAAUUGUGACCUACCAAUUCCUCAACAAGCAAUGAUCGAUGGCCUUAAAGCAAUUCAUUAUGGACCGGAGAUCGACCUCAUUCGUUACUUGGGAAUACCGCGAUCAGAUGAAGAAGAAAUAGUACACAAGCUUAUCAUCGAAACACUCAAGAUUUUACCGGUAUGUCGUCCAUCACUACGAGAGCUUCUACGUGAUUUUUUUAAUUCCGUU